GCCGUCCUGGCGCCGCUGCGCGCGCGGGGCUCGGGGCGGGGCGCGAUGGCGGAGCCCGGGUGAGGCGCGGGUUUACUGUCCAAGAGGAUUUAGACCUUUCUUAAAAAGAUGCCUGCUGCCUGUGAGUCAGUGCUUGAGGAUAUAGAAGACAUUGUGUCAGCAGAAGAUCUGAAGCCACACGAUCGGCACUUUGUGAGGAAGAAUGUUUUCCCCAAAGUGCGAAAACGCAACUCCCAGAAAAACGUUCAGGCAGAUGAUGAGCCUCCAAGUGACAGCAUUAUUCCUGGUGUUCAGAAAAUCUGGAUUCGUACAUGGGGGUGUUCUCACAAUAAUUCGGAUGGUGAAUACAUGGCUGGACAGCUGGCUGCAUAUGGAUACAAAAUUACAGAUGAUUCUGCUGAAGCAGAUUUAUGGUUGCUGAACAGUUGUACAGUAAAAAAUCCUGCUGAAGACCACUUCAGAAACUCAAUCAAGAAAGCCCAAGAAGGGAAGAAGAAAGUUGUUCUGGCAGGCUGUGUACCCCAAGCCCAACCUCGCCAGGAGUACCUGAAAGGCUUGAGUAUUAUAGGGGUUCAGCAGAUAGAUCGUGUAGUAGAAGUUGUGGAGGAAACUAUUAAAGGUCAUUCUGUGAGACUGCUGGGUCAGAAAAAGGAUAAUGGAAAACGUUUGGGGGGAGCACGACUGGAUUUGCCAAAGAUUAGGAAGAAUCCACUGAUAGAAAUCAUUUCGAUCAAUACAGGGUGUCUCAAUGCAUGUACCUACUGUAAAACUAAGCAUGCCAGAGGAGAUCUAGCAAGUUAUCCUAUUGAAGAACUGGUGGGCAGAGCCAAGCAGUCUUUUCAAGAGGGUGUUUGUGAGAUAUGGCUGACCAGUGAAGACACAGGGGCUUAUGGCAGAGACAUUGGCACAGACCUCCCCACGCUUCUCUGGAAGCUGGUUGAAGUUAUUCCUGAGGGAGCUAUGCUGAGGCUUGGCAUGACAAACCCUCCCUAUAUUUUAGAGCAUCUGGAGGAAAUGGCCAAGAUUCUGAAUCAUCCAAGAGUAUAUGCUUUUCUGCACAUACCAGUCCAGUCAGCCUCUGACAGUGUGCUCAUGGACAUGAAAAGAGAAUAUUGUGUGGCAGACUUCAAACAAGUAGUGGAUUUCCUUAAAGAAAAAGUGCCUGGAAUAACAAUUGCUACAGACAUCAUUUGUGGUUUUCCAGGAGAGACAGAUGAAGAUUUUCAAGAAACUAUGAAACUUGUAGAACUGUACAGGUUUCCAAGCUUGUUUAUCAAUCAAUUCUACCCACGUCCUGGAACCCCAGCUGCAAAAAUGCCUCAAGUUCCAGCUGCAGUGAAAAAACAGAGAACAAAGGAUCUGUCCCAGCUGUUUCAUUCAUACAAUCCAUAUGAUCAUAAGGUUGGUGAGAGACAGAGAGUUCUGGUUACAGAAGAAUCCUUUGACUCCAAUUACUACGUUGCUCACAAUCCUUUUUAUGAGCAGGUUCUUGUGCCAAAGGAUCCUCUGUUAAUGGGUAAGAUGGUAGAAGUGAAUAUUUAUGAAGCUGGGAAACAUUUUAUGAAGGGGCAGCCAGUAUCAGAUGCCAGAGUUCACACUGCAUCCAUCAGUAGACCGUUAGCAAAAGGAGAAGUUUCUGGUUUAACAGAGGAGUUCAGACGUUCAGCCCAGAACGGCACAAACUGGAAAGCACAGCCUUCUGCUGAGAUCCCAGGGAAAACACAGCCCAGCUCCUGCAUGGCUUUGCAGCUCCCAUGGCAACAAGGGGGAAGUGGACUGAAGAUCCUGUCUGUCAGCCUGGCUCUGCUGGCAGUCCUUGUUAUGUUUUACUACGGAGGAAUGAAAACAGAACUGUGAACUGAAUGGGGCUUUUAUAAAAACAAUGAAACUGCUGUUCAAAAUCUUCAAAGGAAACACUUUUACCAACAUUUUUUUUUUUAAAAGAAGCUGAUAUAAAUUGGGCAAUAAUUUGUACUCACUCUAUGCCUUUCCUGUCAUUCAGAGGAAAGAACAUUAAUAAGCUGUAGGAAGGCCCAUCUUCCCUAAAACCAGAGAUCCUUGGUUGGUAGAACAGUUUGUUACAUCUUUCCUUUUCUUUUUUGUCCUAAAAUGAUGCAAUGUUUGCAUUACAUACUCUUUCCAUAAUUGCUGUGUCAGGUAAAAUUGCAUUAAGUUUAUAAAAGGAAUCUUUCCAUUGAGUGAUAUUAGUCAUCUUUUGUGGGUAGGAUAUUUAAAGCUUUCCUAAAGAUUUUGCUUGAUGCAGUGUGAUCAUUUGGUACUUUUUUACAUUAGAAUGAACACUGCAAGGCCAUUAAAGUUUGUUAUUUGUUGCUAUUUAUUUUGCUGUCAUGUCUGAAAUAAUUUUUGCCUGCCAUCUUGCACCUCUCAACUUCACAAUGAAUUAUUGAGCUUUGUUAAUACAAGAAUAAUUAUUUUUUACAUAGAAAUAGUUCUAAAAUUGUUGGGUUUUUAUAAUUUAAUGGGAAGAUGUCUUUCAAGUUAUAGAGUUCUGUUAAAAGAGGAUUUAAUACAGUCUGUAGAUUUUAAACAAUGCUUAGAGAACUACUCUUAGCUGUGCAUUGGCUCAAUAAAACAAUUAUUUCUCUGUUAGUGGGGAGGUUGCAUUUUACACAAUGAAUUUUUUUUUUAUUAAUUACUUUCUUCAAGCCAUUUUUUGUCAUGACAAGAUCUCCACACAUCCUGAGAGUGUGCUGGUCAUUCAGGGACUGGACUGUGUUCCCAGUCCUUCCAGCACCUGACCAUAUCAUAUUAGUGGUUUGUGCAUGCCUUGUCACCUUGCUGAAUCUUCAUCCAAACUUUCACUUGCAAAGACUGUUUAAAAUUAUAACACAGGCACUGUUGAGGGUUUUUUUAAAAUGUUUGUGUCAUAUCCAGAUGGAGCUGAGCUGUCUUACAUGGCUGCUGUGGUUUAACCCCAGCAGGCAGCUAAGAUGCUCACACUCCUGCAGUGGGGUGGGGGCAAUAAUCAGAAAGGUAAAAGUGAUAAAACUUAGGGGUUGAGGUAAAGACACUUAAAUAGGUAAAACACAUGCAAGCAAAGCAAACCAAGGAAAUAAAUCACUCAUUACUUUGACAGGCAGGUGCUCAGCCAUUCCCAGAAAUUCAGAAGAGGCCUUGACUGUGUCUGAGCUCUGCUCAGCAGCAGCAAAUCCAAACCAUUGCUCCAUACCAAUUGCAGUGAAGAAAAUUAUCUCUAUCCCAGCCAGAACCAGUACAUUGUCUCUGCAGUGCAGAGGAAUAAUCCCCCAGUAAGGGUUCUUUGUACUUUAUAAAUUGGGGAUUCAUAAUAGUUACAGACAAUUAACCAGAAAGUUCCACCAUGAUGCUUUCAGCACAGCCUGUAAAUUAUAACAGCAGAUGUAACUGUCUUCAGGAAAUCAGGUGUGUGAUUAUGAUCAAAUAUUACAUUUAUUAUACCAACCUCUGAAGGUCAUAAGCCAAGAUGCAAAAUCCAUGAGUUUUAAAAGAAAAAAAAAAAAAAACAAAAACAAAAACAAAGAACAUCCAUGCCCUUAUUUGUUUCUUUUGUUGGAAUGCUUUUUUUCUCAUGCUUUUCUGUACUACAAGGAAUAUAUAACAGUCAGUAAUUUCCUUUUAAAACAAAUCUGAGAAAUUAUCAAAAAAACCCUAUCAUCAUGACUCUGGGAGUUGAAAUUUUCAGGAGAGUACCACAGAUUGCAAGAUUCUCAGGAAAAUUGUGGAUUGGCAAAAUCAUUAUAUCUGAGCCAAAUUUUGGCAUGUGAUGGGAAUAAUCUAUGCAGAUAUGUUGUGUGCCUCCAGCAUUAUCUCUGUCAGCCACUCUAGCUUAUCUAAUCGUGGCAAUUACAGACUCAUUGCAUCAGCUAUUACAGAGAUUUACAGAGCUUGUGAUUUAGAUUCUGUGCAUCGUUGACUUUAAUGGGACCAGCUUAUUUUCUUAGAAAUAGUGCAAUAUGUUGAAAGAGGCCAAAGAAGACUUUGUAGAUGGCAUUACUCACAGUAUAUUCUUAAACUGAGCUUUAAUCUGGUAAGUAGGAUGUGGUUUUUUGUCACAUAUUUUGUUGCCUUCCUUUAGAUAGAUUUUGAGAGAGGUUUUUGACACUUUGUGUUGUCCAGCAGCAUUGUGUUUGUCACUGUGUUCUGUUUAUGAACAAUUAAAGCUUCCAAAGCCACCGAGCUGAGCAAAUCAGUUCUGGUCAAACAGUUCACCUGGAGCAAGCCUGAGCUGCCUGAGGCUGCUGGUGCAGCUUGGGAAACCUCAGUGAGUGUGGAGAGCUGUGCCAGUACAUCCUCCUCGUGGAAUGAGUGACCUGAACACAUCUGAUCUGUGAUUUUUGAUCCUGUUUGGCUCCCUGAAUGCCCUAAGUGCCCUGCCAGGCAGCAUUUUUAGUUUUUACAUCAACAUUGUGUUUGAGACCUACUUCCAAGUAUUGCCUCUUUCAAGCCAUCAGGGUGGGUGAGAAAUCUGCUGCACUCCAGCUUAACAAGGUCAUUGCAGGAAAAGUUACCUCAUAGCCAAUUGAUCCCAGUUUCACACGUGCUGAAUGCACUCAUCACUAGAGAAUGUCUGCUAAUAAGCAAUCUACAUUCAAUGACCUUUUGUCAGAGCAAAAAAAAAAAUAAUAUAAUUUCCAUUUGAUACCAAGAAAGCCUCAACUAUGCUUCUUAAGUGUUCUUCUUAACUAUUUUUCUUCAGCUCUGAACAGCUCUUUGGCUGUGUUCAAUGAAGGAUCUUAGAAACCACAGAACCCUGAGUAGCAAAGACAUCUUAAAUCUAGUGAACAACAUUAAGUACACACAUUUUAUUUUCUACUUGUGCGUUGUAUGCUGGAGGACUUUGUCAUUUAGUCUUUUCAUUGUAGCUUUCUAGUAAUAGUAUACUUGUUUAGGAAAAGAGAGUGACAUAGAAGAAGUGUUUUAUGUAAAGCUUGUUCUAUAAAGCAAGAGAAAGAAGAAAAAGAAGGUGCUUUUUGAGGAGAUUCACCUCUGUUGCAUCAUUCCUUGCACAUCUCUGAACAUCUGAUAGCUACUGUUAAUCUAGUCUCACUCCCCAGUUCAACUUCCCAUAUGGAAAGCUGGAGUGAUUUUUGAAUAGCAGCAAGUAAUAUCAGAAGUGGCAGCAACUGGCAACUCUGACACUUGGCUGUGGCCAUUACCCAGGAUCCUCCUGCUCUUCCAAUUACAAUUUCACAGGUUGGAAUUAAAAUUCCCUGCAGUAUGCAGGAGAGUAACUGAAACUGUCAAAGUGAUUUCAAGCUGCUAAUCUCUGCCUGCUCCAAGAGUGAAAAUAGAGCCCCUCUUACCCAGGCACAGAUCUGACAACUUAAAAACUGCAGCCUUUAAAUGCAUAUGGAGAGUGGCUUGAUCUGCUCACAGAGGAUAUCUGUAAAGAUGUUAUGUCUAUGAACAUUUGUGUGUUAUUAACAAGUCUAUCUUUUUUAACUUUAAGAUGUGUGCAACUUCAGGGACUAAGAUGAAUAUAAAAGAAGUCUUAUGCAAGAGCUCUGACAAUUUGGAGGAAUGAGUAGGCAUGUGCCUGUUUGUGUGAGGCUUAUUAAAAUCUUUAUUUAUGUUCUCUCAAACUUUUUUUUUUUUUUUUUUUUGGCUUGAAAAAUUGCUUGCAACCUUCCCAGAUUUUAUUUUCAGUUUUAUAUCCCACAUUAUAUUUUGUAUGCACUGUGGUUGAUUGUAUAGAUAGAAACAAAGAGCAUUUAGAAAUUAAAAAGCAGAGGAAAAAAUUGAGGGGCUGUAAAACUAUGGGGCAAACUGAAAAAUAUUUGUGCAAAAGCUGCAAAGCAAGUUUGGUCAAGGAGACAGAGUUAGGAAUUGGCUACAAAAUACCAUUUGACUUGUUCACAGGCAGGGUUCAUCCACUAGAUAAUUAAAAUCAGAGUCAUUGCUGGAAAGUGUUUGUGCAAAUAUGAUUAAAUGUCUUUUAGUUCCA